CGGCAUUAUGCAUUUUCGCCAUAGCCAGAAGUACGAUUUUAGGGCACGGGAGUGGUAGCGUAAGAUCGUGACGCUUAGGGAUCAGUGUAUGGCGCGGUAUGGGCGGCGCGCCGGGGCGCCGGCACAGAUUUUGCGAUGGAUUUCCAGAUUCCGGGGCUCUGGAACCUUAGAUUUUACCGGGCAUCGGAUUUGAGAGCUCCGAGGCAUGGAUUCCAGGUCUGUGAUCGGGGAUUUCCGGAGAAUGCAAGGGAAUUCUGCGCGCGCUGUGAUAGUGUAGCAACUCUAGUGUUACGUAUGUAGCUUGGACGGGGCGGGGAUGGUGUCCUCCUGCUUUGAAAAUAAUGCGGCAGGAGUGUCUGGAUCGCAGGCAUCGUCGUGCUCACAGUGCCAGUCAAAGAACUUAGCGGACAAUGUUUUGCGUAUGCUUGAUUGGAGACAGAUUUCGCCAAGCGUAAGAAGACCUUCGAAAAGGUUGUGGAGGGAUACAGCUGCAUCUUCCAGUAAAUGCCAUGGGCAUUCUCGCGAAACUACAAACGCCAAACAUGCUCUAGUUAACUGGCUGGAAGCUGAGUCGUUCAAGCACUCCAUUGCGAAGUAUUGUUCUUUGGUACCGGCACCAAGGUCAACUAUUGCUGCAGCCUUCAGUCCGGAUGGAUUGACUUUAGCAUCAACACAUGGCGAUCAUACCGUGAAAAUUAUAUGCUGUCAAAGCGGCCAAUGCCUUAAAGUGUUGAGCGGACACCGAAGAACGCCGUGGGUGGUCCGUUUUCAUCCUAGCAGCCCUGAAGUGCUAGCAAGCGGUAGUUUGGACUAUGAAGUUCGUCUUUGGAACGCUAACACUGCAGAAUGUGUUGCAUCUCGGGAUUUUUACCGGCCUAUUGCGUCUCUAGCAUUUCACGCACGAGGGGAUUUACUCGCAGUUGCUUCCGGACAUAAGCUUUACAUUUGGCAAUAUACGAAAGAAGGUGAUGCAGCAUGUCCAAAUAUCGUUCUUCGCACACGGCGAUCGCUUCGUGCAGUACAUUUUCACCCGCUAGCAGCGCCCCUUGUACUAACUGCGGAGGUGAAUGAUCUGGAUUCACCAGACUGUCCUAUGUCCGUAGCCACAUCGAGGGAGUACCAAGUGUAUCCUUAUACGGAACUACACUAUUCGCAUCCUGGUGGUGCUGCCCCUCAAAACUGGAUAUGGACUGGCGAUGCCCAAGUGCAACGGGAGUCUCUAACCACGACUGCUCCAAUGGAUAUUUCUCCCAGACCAUCGAAUGCUGCGGCACCACCACCUUCAGAUGGCAUGGAUCCAGUGGAAACUCCAGGUUUAGUUUCGGAGACAGGCAGGGUGAGUCCUACGGUUGUUGGCGGCCCCUGGGAUCCUCUCGUACUUCCUGAAGCAGUAACUGGCCAGGUGGAGAACAUUUCUUUUGGUGGCGCUAGUGCUUUGCGAGUGCCAUUGGUUCCGGUAGCUAGAAGACAGGAAGAAGCGGUGGAAGUUGGCACUGGCUCGGGAAUCUGGCCGAUUGGAUUGUUCCCAAACAUUCAGGCAUAUUCAAUGACCGGACAAACACACUUGCCACGCUUUCUUCAUGUGACCGAUCCUGUGGUGCUGGACCCGUUUCUUCAAGGCUGGGUACGUUAUGACCAGCCGGAAAACGAAGGUGGACCGCAACAUCAACCUCAACCGCCCGAAGCAUCUGGUACGCGGAGAGGUGGCCGGAAUGCAGCUGAAGGACGGACGCAACAUCGUGCUCAGGGAGGUCAGUUUACUGGUUUCGGUGUUGCUGAAGCUGCCGUCACCGCAGCAACAGCAGCAGAGCUUCCUUGUACAGUAAAGUUGAAGCUUUGGCCGCACGACAUCAAGCAACCCAGUGCGCUUCUUGAUCCGGAGACGUGUAAAUUGACCAUUCCUCAUGCGGUAUUAUGCAGUGAGAUGGGUACACAUUUCUCACCAUGCGGCCGUUUUCUCGCCGCUUGUGUUGCUUGUGUGUUACCACCGGAAGCCGAGCCUGCGCAGGGUCGAACAAAUGGUCCUGGUGGCCCUGGAUUUUCAGUGCAGUCUCCUACACAACAUCCAAUUUCUACUCAGCAAGUUAUAUACGAGCUGCGGAUCUACUCUUUGGAAGAGGCCACGUUUGGAGAAGUACUCGCUUCUAAGGCUGUCCGUGCAGCGCACUGCUUAACGUCAAUACAGUUCUCUCCCACAUCUGGUCAUAUACUUUUGGCCUAUGGUCGACGUCACGGUUCACUCUUGAGGAGCAUCGUGUUGGAUGGAACAACUACGAUUCCUGUAUAUACAAUACUCGAGAUUUAUAGAAUAUCAGAUUUGAAACUAGUGCGAGUUCUCCCAAGUGCUGAAGAUGAAGUUAAUGUAGCGUGCUUUCAUCCUCGAGUUGGCGGAGGGCUUGUUUACGGCACAAAGGAAGGCAAGCUCCGAAUCAUCCGUAGGGACUGGAUCACAAAUUCUUUUGGUUCGUCCAGACAACAUGGGCUGGAGGAUCAGCUUCUGGAGGCGGAAACAUCUGAUCCCUUGACUUUUGGAAUGGUGCCUGGCGAUGGAGAUUAAGGAACUUCAUUCGUCAAAGCGGGGUUAACCGUAAGUGCGCAAAUACGACACCAAGGUCUGUUGUAGCAUAAUUCUUUGGUGGAGCAGCAUGCAAAAUGUAGGGAGCAGCUUUGAAGCCUAUGAAACAGACUUUGAAGCUGCAAACCGCGUUGUUGUCGUAUCAUGCAAAUAUAUGUAUACUGCUUUUGUUCUGUUCU